GGCGGGGCGUGCGUGUGCGCCUGCGCGGCUCGUUAGUCGGCGGCGGCGGUGGGAGAGGGUCAUGUGUGUCCUGACAGGCUUCUCAACAUAUUAGAGUCAAUGCGACCUACCCAACUUCUUCUGCAGUCACAGGCUUGAAAUAAAAUUGGAUGGUUACCAGUAGAAGACAGCCAGCUGAGAAACACUUGAUUCCAAGUCUAUGAAGGCCAGUUACGUUUGGAGCAAGGUAUUUGAAGACUGUUAUCAAAUCCUGCUUCAAUAUUCUCUUUUCCAGACAAAAUGAUCUUCGUUCUUUCAGCCUUUCCUUGUUGUGAUUUGAAUUUUGGAUGAAGCUAUAUAUCUAACUGGACAUCAUGAGCAGAAGCAAGCGUGACAACAAUUUCUACAGUGUAGAAAUUGGAGAUUCUACCUUCACUGUACUGAAACGAUAUCAGAAUUUAAAGCCUAUAGGAUCAGGAGCACAAGGAAUAGUGUGUGCAGCUUAUGAUGCCAUCCUUGAGCGAAAUGUGGCAAUCAAGAAGCUAAGCCGGCCAUUUCAGAAUCAAACUCAUGCCAAACGAGCCUACAGAGAGCUUGUUCUCAUGAAAUGUGUUAAUCACAAAAAUAUAAUUGGCCUCCUGAAUGUGUUCACCCCACAGAAAUCCCUGGAAGAAUUUCAAGAUGUUUACAUAGUGAUGGAGCUUAUGGAUGCAAAUCUCUGCCAAGUGAUUCAGAUGGAACUAGACCAUGAACGAAUGUCAUACCUUCUCUAUCAGAUGUUGUGUGGUAUCAAACAUCUUCACUCUGCUGGAAUUAUACAUAGGGAUUUAAAGCCCAGUAAUAUAGUAGUAAAAUCAGACUGCACUUUGAAGAUUCUUGACUUUGGACUGGCCAGAACCGCAGGAACUAGUUUUAUGAUGACGCCUUAUGUAGUGACUCGUUACUACAGAGCGCCAGAAGUCAUCCUAGGGAUGGGAUACAAAGAAAACGUUGACAUUUGGUCAGUUGGGUGCAUCAUGGGAGAAAUGAUCAAAGGUGGUGUUUUAUUUCCUGGUACAGAUCAUAUUGAUCAGUGGAAUAAAGUUAUUGAGCAGCUAGGAACACCAUGUCCUGAAUUCAUGAAGAAAUUGCAGCCAACAGUACGGACUUAUGUGGAGAACAGACCUAAAUAUGCUGGAUAUAGUUUUGAGAAACUCUUCCCAGAUGUGCUUUUUCCAGCUGACUCUGAGCACAACAAACUUAAAGCCAGUCAAGCAAGAGAUUUGUUAUCAAAAAUGCUGGUUAUAGAUGCUUCUAAAAGAAUCUCAGUGGAUGAAGCCCUGCAGCACCCAUACAUCAAUGUCUGGUAUGAUCCAUCAGAAGCGGAAGCACCUCCGCCAAAGAUACCAGAUAAGCAAUUAGAUGAAAGAGAGCACACAAUAGAAGAAUGGAAAGAGUUAAUAUACAAGGAAGUCAUGGACCUGGAGGAAAGAACCAAGAAUGGUGUUAUACGUGGACAGCCAGCCCCUUUAGGUGCAGCAAUGAUCAAUGGCUCUCAGCAUCCAUCUUCAUCAUCAUCUGUCAAUGAUGUGUCUUCAAUGUCAACAGAUCCAACAUUGGCCUCUGAUACAGACAGCAGUCUAGAAACGUCAGCUGGACCUCUGGGUUGCUGUAGAUGACUACUUGGGGUUUUUUUGGGGGGUGGGGUGAGAGAGGGAACCUCUUAGUCGUUGACAGGACACCUUUAAAAAUCAGUGGUAUUAUUUUGAGUGUUUUUAAAAAAUUAUUGUAGGAUUCAUUUGAAAGUGCUGUAAUUUUAAACUAAGUUGUGUUAUAAGCAGCCAUACACAAUGUAUUUUUUGCUGUAAGUAACUCUGUAAAAUAUUAAAUCCGAUAAUUUUUAUCAUCAUUUAAAAAUCUGCAUAUUUGCUUUACUAUUAUGCUGCUGAUCUUUUUUUACUGAAUUUGUAAGAUUUGUUUUAUCAAAGCACAUAUUAAUGUUGUGUCAUUACCAUAUCAUGAAAUAUUUAAGAUUUUAUAGGGGUUUUUUUUUGCAAUUUCUAUUGGAAUUUUAUUCCAUAUGUUUUGUUCAUGAUAUCCUUUAAAAGUUUUAUGCUUGGUCAAUUUGUCCUUACCCCAGAUAACAGGAAAAAAUACAGUGUAACCAGUUAGUUUCAGGUGUGCUAUUGUUGUGGUAACAGUGAACGAAACCUCCCUUUUAUUCUGGCCUCUCACCUGUAAUUCAGUAAAAGCAACAGUUAGUGAGUUUUGUUAGAGAAACAGUACAUGCCCCUUUGCAGAGCAGCCUUAUCUUAACGACUGUACCAAUUUCAGAAAGUAAAGCAAAGCAUAUCUUUAAAGCUGCACAAAUCCCUAGCCUGGUAAGGGGAUCUGGUGCUUUCUGCAGAAUCAUGGCACGCUAAAGCUUAUGAUCACAUAAAACAAGAAGAGGAUACUUCAUGAAUAACACAUUACAAUGCAAAUAAACUGUUUACUUCUACUAGCUAUUAGCCUGUCUCUGUACACAGAAAACAAAGUAUACCCAGGAUACUAGACUGCCAAGAGGGAAAACUAGUAUGCUGUAGCACAAGGGCGGGCAAUUAUUUUGGGCGGAGGGCCACUUACUGAGUUUUGGCAAGCCAUUAAGGGCCGCAUGACAGGCAGCCCAGGGCAGAUUCAUAUUAAUUUUCUACAUUUUUUAGGGGCCCCACGGGCUGGAUAGAAUGGCUUGGUGGGCCACAUCUGGCCCGCGGGCCACAUUUUGCCCACCCCUGCUGUAGCAGCUAUCCAUUCAUAUAGCAUGUGGGACUUUGGUUUCCUAAUAGUUUUGUGUAUUAGGAUGUGUAAGUUCUUUGUUGGGGGUAUGUGUGUAUUACUGGGAACACUCCAGCUAUUUAACUACUCUUUCUCCACUCAAAGAAACAAAAAUCCUGUAAACCAGCCCCUAAAGGAAGAACCUCAGGCAGUAGCUAAUGCAUUGUGAGCCAUCCUAAGGAGGGCAAAAUUGUGAUGAAAAAAUAGUAUUUAUUUCUUUUGCUAUACCUGAAGACCAGCUUAGCUGAAAUCUUAAUAAUGGUACUUUUUAAGUGAUUUAUAUUAAGAAAGUUUGAGCACUAAAGUCCGAGCAUCCAAUGCACUCCUUUUAAACAAAAGACAAUUAAAUGUUAGAAUAGUUGCUAAUUAGUCACAAAAAUGGUGCUGCUCCUCACAGAACUUUUAACUGUUUACAUUUUAUAUUUACUGAAUGAUUUAUGUAUAACAACAGAUUUAAGUCUGUUUAUAUCCAAGUUAAACAUUCAAAGUUUUAUUCCUUUGAAAAAUGCAGAUUGCUUGUGAAUUUAUUUAGGCUGUGCUAAUUGAUUACUUUGUGUAGAUACAUAUUUUGUGAAACAGAUUACAUUUGAAAAGGAAUUUAAAUUAGUGGCAUAUAUGAAAAUGCAUAUUUAAAAAAGCAUGCAGUUCUUACCAGUCACAAAGCAUAAAAAAUGAAUAAGGCUAGUUAUUGGGAUUAUCCAGGAAUGAAACUGAUGCUGCUCAUUAUUUUUUCCCCUUAGAAUUUUUUGGAUAGAAUAAAUAUCCUCUUAAAAUUACACUUUGAUGAGGAAAAUGUCCUAUAUCCCCAUUUUAUCUUUAUUUCUCAAUAACUAAAAUUCCUUGUUUAAAACAUAAAAUGCAGGGUUGCAAGAACUGAUAAUGUCAGAAAGAAAGCUGACUCUAACUUGAUAAACUGCAAAGUUGUUACUUUAGUUUCCUGGCUAGAUUCCUGGUAAGUGUAUCUGUGUGUAGCAUUUAUGUGCUGGCUUGCUUUGGAUAUUUCAGUGUUACAUUUUUAGAAUGCAUGCUUGUUGAGACAGUUGGGUUUUUUUCAGGGUCUGGCUAAACUGUCUGAUACCUCAAAGACCAUGUUGUUUGUGUUUAUUAAGCACUGGAGCAUAGUGGACCAUUUUCUUGUUGUAUUUGGACCAACAGGGAAGUUUUAUCUUUUUUAUCGAAUUUUAAACUGUCAAGUAAAGCCAAACUUAUCGCAUUAUUAUGCAAGAUUAGAUGGUGAUAUGGUGCAGUUACAAAGCCAGAGAAACUCAGUUAAAUCUGACAAAAUUACUUCUGAUUCAUGUCAGUGUAAUUGAGAGCAAAAUUUGUUUAAGCCAAACAUGGGAAAACAGUUUUCUCUGAUUUUGGAGGGGUGAUUGUAACUUUGUAGCACUUGAAGUAGCUGCCCACUUGACUAAUCAACAGUGAUAUAAAGGUUGCUCUUGAUAUAAAGAUUGCUUUCCUAAAUGUGUAGGGCUUGAUUAAUUUCUAAUGCCAAUAUAAACCAACAUUGAUAGUUCCAGUGAAUUCAUGCACACUGGUGUGAGUGAGAUGAAAAUGUUAAGCCCAUAAUGUUCUGCAGUAAGGAUGGACAAAGUGAGGGAUUUUUUAAGACAGCAUGCACCCAUUUGCAAGUUAAUCGGUUGUUUGUAGUCUAAAAAGCCACUUCAUUCAGGGUGGAGUGUUGCAUGUUGGAACCACAGACCUCUCCUAGGCACCAUCCUCAGAGCAGGUAUGCAGAUUCUGCAUUUUGCUAUAUUUUAUACAACUUAUGUCCAGACCUUCAAUUCCUGGCUUAAUUCCAGUUCUGCUAACUUCCAAGCAAAGUGAAAGAGUUCCACUGUUCUAAGCCAUUGUAACAUUUUGCUAGUUUAAUUUGCAAUCUUUAUUCAGUGAAUUGUAUUUCAUAUUUCAAGGACAGUUGAACACAGAUGCAGGCAGGAAUCAGGUGGCUGGUUAGAAAUGUCCUUGAUGUUCCAGCAGUGGUGAUGGUGUAACCAUGAAGAUUCGCCAUUCUGAGAGGAGCAACAUUUGCAAGGCAAGGCAGUUUGUUUGAUUUUUUUGUUGGAUUAGCUAGUGUGUUUGGGAGAGAGAGGAAAGAUGAUUUCAGGUUUCAGGCACCCUUUGUCAGGUCUGGGAAAGAAGCAGGCACAAUCCAAGCUAAGCACAUGUUGUUUUGGUCCGUUGGUGAGCUGUUGUUCAUUUAGAUACGUAUAUAUUGUACAGUGCACCUUACUACUUAUGAUUUGUGAAGUUUGAUUUAUUCUUUUUAAAUGAUUCCUUGGUGUUUCGCUCCCAGUAGUCUUUGCCAUAGUAUGUGCAGCUUUUCACCUCUAGGACAUGGGUACUAGUCCCUUCCUGAUCAGUCAUGAAUGAAAAUAACUCACAUAGUGCAUAUGUAAACUGAGGUAAAUGCCUGUCUGGCACUGGACUAAUUCCCACCCUUCUGGGUAGUUGCAACAGAGAGACAGAGCAAUGGAGAUAGGUAUUCUCUUCCUCUGUAGAGAAUUGGGUCCUUUUAGCUUAUGAUAAACAUGCUGAUAGGGUAGGGGGGGGUCUGUGUUUGUGUUCAGAGAGGUCCCUAGUCAUUCCAAAGGAAAGAAGAAAACUUGAUGUCUUUCAUCUGAUCUAUUCCAUGUGCAUGUGUGUUAUAAAACUGCUGAAUUCCCAAAGCAAUACUAACGAAAUGAACAACCUUAGGCUGUAAAUAGACAUCUCAUUUGAAUUGUCCUGGGGUUUGACCUGGAUCUAAGCAGACUCAUUGCAGUCAUCUACACACAUUGCCCAUUCAAGCUGAGUUGCUGCUCUCCUCCAAAGAAGCACCGAGGAACACAACUUGGCUGUCCAAGUAAAAAGCACAAUAACCCUACAGACACACAGCCACAUCCCAGGAAAAAGCACAUCUUACCCACAUACUUCAGAGGGACUUGAAGAAAGACAGUGGACUUGUAUGUCUGUAGGAUCCUGGAACAAAAGACUUUUUCCUGGGACAAAUUUGACGUCUGUUUACAGGGUUUAUAGACCAGGGGUGGCCAACCUGCAGAGUGUGUGCGGCAUGUGUCAGACUAGGGAGGAGACAGGCAGCACAGCAGCACAUGGGGCAGGAAGAAAGCAGCAGAAAAGGGAGCAGAAGGGGAUUGGGGUGGCACUCAUGGAGGGUGCAGGGCUAAUUCAUGGCACAUCUGUCCAAAAGCCUGGCCCCCGCUGUUAAGAUUAACCUGGACAGACCCACUGUUCUCAAUUUAAUUAAUUCUGUUAAACUCAGUCAUCCAGAUGGUUCAAUCUUGAAUGACAUAGAUCAACUUUCAGGUUUGGUUCUGAAGUUGAAAGAGAUGUGCUGUAUUUGCGAUACCAGCUUUCAGGUAAGAAAAUGCACAACACGAAAAGAGCUGUAUUACUUCUCAACUUAAAAGACCAAGGAAUUUGUACAGAAUAGAGCAAACUAGGUAUUUACAAGUUUAUAGCGACAGUGCCCUCUACUGGUAUAUUCUACCUGUAAGAGGUAUGAUGAAGUUAAAAAUCUAUGGAUUUAUAAUAGGGAAUGUACUCCUCUGAGAGGUAACUAAGGCUACUGAUUUCAGAAUGCAAGAACAAGGCACCAGUAAAGCCAGUCUCUAGCAUACACAAGAAUACACUGGUCCUAUAUUAAGCACCCACCUCAAAGCUACAAUAAAAAAACGACAAAAGCUAGUAAAUGAGAACACGCACACAAUAUUAUACAGCCUUUGAUGCUCUUAAAAUGAGUUUGUCAAGCAAGAACAUAUGAGGAUAGGGGGAGAACAUUCCAAUUUGUAUAUGUUUUUCUUAGCUUGAUUAAUUGAAACAGUCCUGGAUGGGCUCUCUCUCUCUGAAUAUCCAUCCAGCUCACUUUGUGUGUAGUGGUUUGUUUAGGCUGUUGACUCUUAUUUUCCUAUUGUUUUAGCUGACUUACUUUUCCACCUCACAUAGAGGGGGAAAACUUGCAUACAAAGUAUCAAAGGAGUGGAAAUGGAGUAGAGGCUAUCUGUAUUUUUCAGUCAGAUUAGAAAGAUAUUCUUUAUGGAAGAAUGUGUUGUAGUUCUAGCUCUCAUCCAGCUUUCCAGUUCACUUAAUUGUUCUUAGUUAAGUGCUCUUAACAGAGUUUUAGUGAGAGUCAUAUAUUGAUUCCCCCCCUUUAGAUUUCUCUGCAUUUGUUGUGAAUAAGUUAUCUUCAUGUGAUGUUUCUACUUCCACAGCUGAAAAUUUAAUCUGGGUUUUUAUUGAACUACCUCACACAAACUUUCUAUGCUUUCUCGAGUAAAUAGAGCUAACCCUUUCUAUUGGUUCUACAUUGAAUGUGAAAUAUAAAGUACAUUUCCUUAAAAAAAACACUAUUGGCCAAUGUUGAGACAGUACCAGUAACUGUUUCCUAUAUACUUCACAUAAGAUGUCAUGUGUAAUAUAUAGUUUAUGUACAAUAAUGUGCAUUCAGAAAAUUGUGUUAGAUGUAAAUUGGUGAGUUUAUUAAUGUAGUCUGUUUUGUAGGUAAAAUAGCUUACUAGUACUAUCAAUCCAUCCUUUACAUUUUACAAAAGGAAUAACUCUUGGUAAGCUUUGCAUACAGAUAAAUUAACUUUUGUAGGCCCAAUAUCUAGUCUAUUUUUGAAAGUUCUGAAACUUUUAACUUAUUACUGAAGUGGAGAAAAACUGGAUAAAUCCAUUCCUCCUGGUCUCUUCAAUGCAGAUACUUGAGUUUAUUCUGUCCGAGGAAGUGCAGAGGGGAAAACCACGCCUAUUAAAUAAGGAAAAAUAACAGUUGAUUUUCUUUUUCACGUAUCACCCUACCUAUUUCUUUCUACCCUUGCUAUCCCUCCCCACCCCCAACUCCCUCCAAAUAAGCCACGGGUGGGGAAAUACUGAGAUCAUUGUGGUUUUUUAUCAUUUCAUGCCAUAAGCCAUUUCACAUGCACCACUGGAAUGUAUACAUUGUUACCUAGUAUGUCAAUUGGUUAUAAUGAUAUUUUAAAUAAAAAAGGAUAAAAAGUUGUUUGACCACUA